CCCCUUCCUAAUCAUAGCUUUUACUCACAGACAAAACUCCCUCCCUCUCUCAUUCACUCACUCACUUUUAGGCCAAUCGGUCCUCCUCUCUCUCUCUCUUUUUCUCAGUGUGUUUCUCCCACUCUGAGACAGAGUCAGAACUCCUCUCACUGACAGCCACAGACCUCUAUAGCACUUAUUGAAUUAGGAGGGACCCUCCAGACAAAACUUCACAGAAAACUUUUUGUUCUUCCAGUGAAUUUGCUGAAGAGGAAGAAAGGAAGCAGAAAGACAACAAAACAAAACAAACUGUGCAUGAAGUAGUGUUGGGAGAAGAAAAGCAGUGCCUUUUAAAAGGGAAUCACAACAACUUUUGCUGCCAGGAUGCCUUUGGUUCUGAAGAGAGGAUUUUUCUUGGUGCUUUGCUGGAUUAUAGUGAGGAGUUCUCCUACCCCGGGAUCUGAGGGGCAUAGCUCCGUCACCGAUUGCCCAUCCUGUGCCCUCUCCAUGCUCUCCAAGGAUGUGCCCAGCUCCCAGCCUGAGAUGGUCGAAGCGGUAAAGAAGCACAUCCUGAACAUGUUGCACUUGCGGGACAGACCGAACAUCACUCAGCCAGUACCCAAAGCUGCACUUUUUAAUGCAAUCAAGAAACUCCAUGUGGGGAAAGUAAGAGAGGAUGGCAAUGUGGAAAUUGAGGAUGACAUUGGGAGAAGAACGGAAAUGAAUGAACUUGUGGAGCAAACUUCGGAGAUCAUAACAUUUGCAGAAUCAGGUCCUGCCAGGAAAAUGCUGCAUUUUGAAAUUUCCAAGGAGGGCAGUGAGUUAUCAGUGGUGGCUCAAGCUGACGUGUGGCUCUUCCUCAAAGUCUCCAAAGCUAAUCGGACAAGGACAAAAGUGACCAUCCGGCUGUAUCAGCAGCAGAAACUGCCCAAGCGCAACUCCCAAGUGGUAGAAGAGGAUGUCGGCCUGAAAGGAGAAAAAGGUGACAUUCUCAUCUCUGAGAAGGCAGUAGACACCCGCAAAAGUACCUGGCACAUUUUCCCAGUCUCCAGCAGCGUUCAGCGCCUCCUUGAUCAGGGAAAAAAUUCUCUGGAUGUACGGAUUGCUUGUGAUCAGUGUCAAGAAACAGGAGCCAGUCUGGUGUUGCUGGGCAAGAGGAAAAAAAAGGAGGAAGAUGUAGAAGGGAAAGAAAAGGAUGGCAGUGAAAGCCCAGCGGAAGAGGAGAAGGAACAAUCCCACAGGCCUUUCCUGAUGAUGCUUGCCAGACAUUCAGAAGAUCGCCAACACAAACGGCGGAGGAGAGGCCUUGAGUGUGAUGGCAAAGUCAACAUUUGCUGCAAGAAGCAAUUUUUUGUGAGUUUCAAAGACAUUGGCUGGAAUGACUGGAUCAUUGCCCCAGCAGGCUACCAUGCUAACUACUGUGAAGGAGACUGCCCUAGCCACAUUGCGGGUACAUCUGGCUCAACCCUCUCUUUCCACUCUACUGUUAUCAACCACUACCGCAUGAGAGGGCACAGCCCUUUCUCCAACCUCAAGUCAUGUUGUGUACCAACCAAGCUGAGACCCAUGUCCAUGCUCUAUUACGAUGAUGGGCAGAACAUAAUUAAAAAGGAUAUCCAGAACAUGAUUGUGGAGGAAUGUGGCUGUUCAUAGAUAUGCCUACAUGCUGCAAACUCACAUUCAUUAGGGACUUCUUCUUUUUUACAGAUUUCAAGAAGACAAUUUAAAAUUCAUCUUAAGAAAAGAGACCAAGCGUGCUCAGCAUUUCAAAAUAAAACUAUAUGAUUUCUAAAAUCAACAUAUCCACUAUUCACACAAGAGACAAACAACGGAAAGACGAAUGGCAUUCGCCAGGGACUGAAGGAGAAACAUUCAAAAGGUGUGGGCACAAGCAUUUUCUGUCUUAUAUGCCCCAUGCUUUAUUACUUAGCAUUUUCACUUGUGUCAAUCAUAAGAGGAAGUAUGUCUUCCUCUGCUACCAUAACUAUGCAUUCAAGUCCUGACAGCAGCACACACAAAAUGCUAAAAGUCUGCAAUUUGGAUGCUAAGUCCAAAAUGGUAUUAGUUCCCAGAAAAGCCAUGUGUAUGAACAACACUACAUUCACUGGCACUUUUACUUCUGUCAGUUUACCAAGGACACAUUGUGUGUGCCCAUGUGUAUGUGUGUACGUUUCUUAUGGCAUAUGCACACAGAGAGCACACUUGCGAGUGUGUGUGUAUAUAUUUAUAUAUAUAUAUAGGUAAAAGGGACAAUAAUGCGCAGGUGUAUUCACCUUUAUCUUCUGCACUAUUUUUGCAAAAAAAAGUUUUUAAAAUUAUAAAGAAAGAAAGAAAAUACAAAGUUACAUUUCGUAAAGGUGCUUAUGACAUUAGAACUAUGCAACCAAGUUGGUUUGAAACUGUUUACCUGAGAGAGAAAUGAAAAAAAAAAUACCCAGAAUUUUUUUAAAAAAAUGAAAGUAACAUGUUUAACUUUUUCUUCAAUAAGAGAUACUUGAAACGGAACAUGUUUGUCCAGCUACUGGAGCCAAACAUUUCUAUAUUUUUUAAAAAAAGAGAAAAAAAGAGAUUUUUUUUAAAAAAAUGCUUACUAUUUGCACUACAAAACUUAUGUUCAACCUGUCUAAUCCUUAUUUAACAAUUAUUUGGGGGUGGGGGAGGGAAUGUGGUUGGGUUGGAAGGGAGUCAAGAGCUGCACUUAUUGUGAGCUAUACAAAAA